AUGGAAGCUCGCGUGGGGAUAGGAGUCUUCGUCUGCAAUGAAGAGGGCGAAUUCGUGCUGGGCAAGCGACAAGGCAGUAUGGGCGCAGGUACCUGGGCUAUUCCAGGCGGACACCUGGAAUUCGGCGAGUCCUUCGAGAACUGCGCGGUCCGCGAGGUGCUCGAAGAGACCGGGCUGGAGAUCCGCGAGCUGCGGUUUCUAACGGCGACGAACAGUGUUAUGGAAAAAGAGGACAAGCACUAUGUUACGAUUUUUAUGAGGGCUGUUGUUAGUGAAGCGGGUGCACAGCCUCAAAUCGUCGAACCGGAAAAGUGCUCGGCUUGGGAGUGGGUGUCAUGGGACGAGUUCCAGGAUUAUGUUGCGAAGCAGAUGAACUCCCCCGAGUCGGAGUUUCAGGGACGGAAGAUGUUCCUGCCACUUGUGAAUUUGCUACAGCAGCGUCCAGACUUUCGUAUAUAG